AUGAGCAAAAUUCCUAUAUUUGACAGCCGCGAAUCAAUAUUAAAAGCUCUUGAUGACUGAACUCAUGGGUUUACCUUGCAGAUACUCGCAAUGUACAACUCUCGGCUAGGUGGAAUUAUAAAAGACCGUGCUUUAAUGAGUAUCCCUAUAGACGACCACAUGGCUCAUCGUGGUCAUUCAGUCUUCGAUACUUUAUCUGUAAUUGAUGGAAAAUCAUACAAGUUGCAAGCUCAUUUAGAUAGAAUAAUAAGAUCUGCUAACCAAGCUAGGAUAGAAUUGCCCUUAACACGUGAAGAAAUGGGAAACGCUUUAAAGCAGCUUGCAGCCUCUACAAAUUUGAGAUUCUGCAAACUCAGAUAUUGAAUUUCUGCAGGGCCAGGAUCUGUGACUGUUAUGCCAUGGCCUAAGAUGUCGACUUUUUAUGCAAUAGUUUACGCAGGAGAUGUAAGGACCGGAAAUAGUGAUAUUAAAAAUGAAUUUACCAUAUAUACAUAAAAUGGCGUAUGACGUCCGACCCGUCCUCUCGUGUGACGGUAACCCAUGUAUAUCCGGGCAUGGUUUUCAGGAGGAGUGAUAUGGCCCAGCAGUAUCAGGAGCCCAGAGGCGAUGGGCACGCACACAGACCCGCUGAUUUGUGGCCUGAUCCUUGGGCAGUUAAUCGCAAAUCCUUUUUCCAGCAGCGCCCUAGCCAGUGGGUGCCCGAAAUGGAGCAGGGUGAUUUCCCUGCUCAGGCUGCUCUAGAUGGCUUUGCCCCGAAUCACGGAAGUGGUUGAGUUUUUACUCUGGGAUGACCUGGUAAAAGGGGAGGCAGGCUAGACUUACAAUCAAGGCGGUCCCUCGGUUAAAGGGUCCCGAUUAAGUGGACGACACCGGCCAGGGUAGGUACAGUUGGCCUCGAAGGGCGAAGGGACUGAGUUGGAAAUGGUGGUGCCCAGCAAAUGUCUGCGGACACAAAAAGGGCAACCCACUACCGAGAAAACCAGGGGUUUCGGCCUGGGCUCAGAGUUACCAGAGGUGGAAGUCCACCCAAUUCGCUUGUGCCAGCACGCCACUGGAAGUAGAGACUUUAAAUAUUCAGCUUUAACAUUAACAUUAACAUUAACAAAAAUGAAUUUACCUCGUCUAUACCUCUAAAGCCAAAAUUGUUAGCAACUAUGAAAUCGACUAAUUAUUUAUUAAAUGCCCUUUGUGCAAUGGAAUCAAGUGAUAAAGGAGGAUGAAUUGGACUGCAGAAAGAUGAAGAAGGGUUUAUAACAGAAGGUCCAGUCGCUAAUAUUUCCUUUGUGUUGCCUGGAGGGAGGUUUUUGACUCCUCCUUUUGAUGAUAUUUUGAGAGGGACGACUAUUCCAUCAAUAAUUGCUCAUGCAAAUGAAUUACAGUAUUUUUUAAUUUUUUUUUUAAAAAUUGGGUAAAAAAAAUAAAAAAAUAAAAAAUAGUGUAGUGGAGAGAGGAUUAUUGACGUCAGUUGAGCAGAGGCAGAUUCAUAUAGAUGAAGCCAAAACGUGCGAAGAAAUGUUUUACUCAACCGCUGAUUCAAUUCACCCUGUUUUAGAAUGGGAUGGAAGAAGAAUAGGAAAUGGCACAAGAGUCCGAUAGCUCAAUUGCUUAGUUAAUUUGAGACAGGCAUGAACAUAUUGGUGGUGCGGAUGCCAUGACUUUUGUAUGAGAAAUUUAUCUGCAUUGCAAAGAAUAGCUUAGUGGUUUUAGAAAACUGCCUUUCCUCUUUAAUUAAUGUUGAGCUUAUAGAAAUCUGCUACACUGUGACUGGAAAUUGUUAGCCCGAUCCUUGCUUUAGUGUUGGCUAUAAUAAUAGUUUAAUUUAAGGAUUUCCAUUUAAGUCUGUGCGAUUACACAAGAAAGCAAGCUGACACAUGCCGCCAUUUUAAUGUAAGUCCGAUAGUUGAAGAGCUCAUAAAUUUUCAAUUGAGAGACUUUGAAAAUCCAGAGCUUUUAGAAGAAAUCCCUUAUAAUUUAUAUACAAGUGAGAAUUAA